AUGUCUGCAGGUCCCUCUCGGAAGCGCGCUGAUGUCGCCGAGAUCGGCACCGACGCAAAGCCCUGGGAAGUUGUCGACGCAGGCCUCUGGAGCUCCGAGCAGACUUGGGCGAUUUUACUCCGCUCUGCUCCGCCAGGCACCGAUCCAAAGGAUGUGAUCAGGUGCAAAACGUGCCGGCAUCCGUGGAUGCGGCAAGUCAAUUUCCGGCAGUGUUUCUCCCAGCUGAACCUGACUGAGAGCUCGCGAAGCAUCGUUGCUGUGCAGCGAGGUGAAAGGCGAGUUGCCAAAGUCGGAACCAGCCUCGGCAGCUUCGACCUCCCAGUGCAACUGCAGUGCCAGGAGAUCGCUUCUAGCGAGGCGGGCUCCCAGGGCGCAAAAGGACUUUGGCUCACCUGGCUGCCUCACGGCUUGGUGGAGGCAGCGCCGCGGCUAGUGGUGCACGCGCGGCGCAUCACGGCCACGGCGGCAGAAGACGAGCCAGGCGAACGCGGAGCGCGGGUUCCCGCGGCCAUGAGCUUGAACCAGGCUUCCUUCGAGCACUUGGAGGAGGGCCGCUACGAGCUUUUGCUGAGCUGCGAGCUGGGUGCUUGCUCUGCAGAGGUCAGGCGAUGCCCUCACGAUCGCUGUGGGAGACAUGUCUGGGCGGACAAUCUCGAGGAUCAUAUCAGGCACUGCCCCUGGCGGCCUCGUCAGUGUCCUCGUGCUCCCGUCUGUAGUUGGCAAGGGUGCGAGGAUGAACUCCAGGAGCAUUUGCACGACUGUUCUGGGCGAGAGAUCCCAUGUCGGCACUGUGGCCUGGGCUGCUGGUGGGUGGGGCCUAGCAAGGACGAGGAACGGCAUUUGGAGGAGGACUGUGAGCCCCAGCGGCUUCUGAACAUCGUGCGCCCGCUCAACGGGCUGCUCAGCGAAGCCUGCCCUGACUUCCGCAAUCCGGAAGUCGUUCGCUUGCAGGCGAAAGUUGUGGCCUACCGACGCUCGGUCUCUGCUCCCGGGGGGCCGUGGCGGGAGUGGAAGACGCCCGGUCGCUGCUUCUCAUGCCGAAAGCCGGUCGACCGCCGGGAACAAGGACUGCAGAGCGAUAGCGGCGAGCAUCGGCUGUGCUGGUCCUGUCUGCCAAAACACGUUGAUUGGCAGCACUUUAGAGACAACGCCUGA